GCAGUCUCGGGCUGAAAUUGCCAAUAGAGGCCGGGAAAGCUCCUAUUCGGAACCAACAACGACACUCAAUUGUCUGCUACUCUUUCCAACCUAUUCAAAAGUCGUUUCUCAGAAACAGAAAAAAGCAAAACCUCAAAACCCAAAAACCACGAAACCCAGCUAUUUCAUUAUUCCCAUCUAAAACCCUUUCGCAUACAAUAAGCAAAUCCAAUGGCUUCUUCAAUAUGGAUUUCCUCAAAAAAUCCAAUCUUUGACUCUUCUUCACUCUCUUUCACUUCUCAACUCCUCCAAUUCCCCAUUUCCAAUACUAACCUAACAAACACAAAUUCCCCUUGCCAAUUCCGGAAAGUGCCCUCAAUUCACUGCGGUAAUAUUCGUGAACUACGAGAAAGAAUCGAGACUGUAAAAAACACUCAGAAAGUAACAGAAGCAAUGAAACUAGUAGCAGCAGCCAAGAUUCGCAGAGCCCAAGAAGCAGUCAUUAGUAGCAGACCCUUUGCUGAAACACUCGUUGAUAUGUUGUACAACAUAACCAAACAGGUUCAAUUUGAAGAUGAUGUUGAAAUUCCCUUAAUGAAUAUUAGGCCUGUAAAGAAAGUUGCACUUGUUGUUAUUACUGGUGAAAGAGGCCUUUGUGGGGGUUUUAACAAUGGAAUAUUAAAAAAAGCAGAGACCCGUAUUCAAGAAUUGAAGAAUCUUGGUAUCGAAUGUAGUGUGAUUAGUGUUGGUAAAAAGGGUAAUGCUUAUUUUCGUCGAAGGAGGGAUAAAAUUUUUGUUGAUAGGUUUGUUGAAGGAGAGAGUUUUCCUACAACAAAAAAGGCUCAGGUUAUAGCUGAUAAUGUUUUUUCUUUGUUUGUUAGUGAAGAAGUUGAUAAAGUAGAGCUUUUGUAUACUAAAUUUGUUUCAUUGAUUAAAUCUGAUCCAGUAAUUCAUACUUUGCUUCCAAUUUCGUCGAAAGGAGAGGUUCUUGAUGUGAAUGGGAAAAGUGUUGAUGUAGAUGAAGAUGAGUUCUUUAGGUUGACUACUAAGGAAGGGAAAUUGAUAGUUGAGAGAGAUCAUUUGAGGGUGAAAAGGGGGAAUUAUUUGUGUAAUUUAGAGUUUGAGCAAGAUCCUGCUCAGAUUCUUGAUGCUUUGAUGCCGCUCUAUUUGAAUAGCCAGAUUUUGAGAGCACUUCGAGAGUCAUUUGCAAGUGAGCUUGCUGCUAGGAUGAAUGCAAUGAGUAAUGCCACGGAUAAUGCAGUUGAGUUGAAGAGGAAUCUUUCGAUUGCAUAUAGUCGGGAAAGGCAGGCGAAGAUCACUGGCGAGAUAUUGGAGAUUGUUGCUGGAGCAGAUGCACUUACGUAGCUGCACUGAAUCUGGAUUAUCUUUGCGACUUGCGAUCUUUAUAAGUGUAGUCUGUAGAGAUGAUGGUCAGAGAGAUGAGCAUUGGAGUCUCUGGGAGAAGUAUACGUUACUAGCUGUAGGCAUAUGGAAAAUUUGAGAAGAAAGGUUCCCUAAAUAAGCGAUUUUGUUUGAUGCCAGUGUACUCUAUAUCACAUGAUUCAGGGUAUUUGAUAUUAAGAAAAUGCAGCUUUUGUUGUUAG